AUGAACAAGCUUCGGACGUUCUCUCGCAAAGAGGCCGCGUCGCCGCCCAAGGAGAAGUCGUCGCUCCCCAAACGCGUGGAGACGGCGGAGUCCCGGGGCGAGCUGAGUCCGGCCCUGUCUCCCAUCGCCACUCUGCUUUCUGCCCAGGCCCACCGGAGAUAUCACGAGGGAGUGUUUAUGAUUUUGAAGGAUUUGGACUCGGAGGGCCAGCCCGCCGAGCGCAAAUGGGAGGAGGUGUACGGGGUGCUCACGGGCAACCAGCUGGCAAUUUACAGGGUCGAGGACAUGGAGGAGGUCCCGUCGGUCGACUCGGCCAGUAAACCGUCGUACAUAAACUUCACCGACGCCACAUUCAAGGCGAUCGACCAGCUGCCCUCCUCAGGGGGAAACCUGAACAACGUCAUCAUCGUGUCGACUACGCUGAAAAAUCGGUACCUGAUCCAGAUCUCGUCCACCGAGCAGUUCCGUCGCUGGCACGCGGCCUUUCGACUCGCGGCGGCCGAAUACCGCCUGUUGCAAGAAGCAUACACGGGGGCGCUGCUGAGCGCGCGCGGGUCGCUGCUGUCGGAUAUCAAGGUCAUUUUGGCGGAGACAAAGUUCGAGCACGAGGACUGGACGAGCGUCAGAUUCGGCGCCGGCAUGCCGUGGAAGCGGUGUUUCACGGUGAUCGAGCCCCCAGCGAAAAGGAGCAAAAAGAAGUUCGUGCCUGGUCGCGUCGUCUUCUACGAGUCGGAGAAGAAGGGCAAGAAGCUGGCCAUGGCCACCAUCACCGAGGCCAACUCCAUCUAUGCCGUGUAUCCGCAGAACUACUCGGUCAUCGACCACAGCACGAUGAUCAAGCUGGACGGCUCUAUAGUGUUUUCCAAGUCUGAAGGCACCAAGGACUGCUCCAUCUUCCUGAUGCCCGACCAGCACUCAUCGGUGCCGGGCUACGACACGCUGAUCCGGUUCCUGAUCCCACUGCUGGACGCUUUCCAUCUCUACGGACGACCAAAGGGCUUAAAUGCCGACAAGCUCGAUCCGAACUCGCUGCUGUUUGCGCUGCCGGUGCUGCCCAAGGUGCACUACCUAGAGGUGGACGAUCUGAUGCAGCUCACGGCCAGCGCUACGACAAGCUCCUGGACCUCGUACCAGUGGCAGCAGGGCGUGAAGGAAAUCUUGAGGCCGAAGGUGGCCAAGGGCUACGAUGGCUGCGGCUCGGUCGAGGGCACAGUGGGAGCCGCAGGGAUGCUGGAGUUCUCGCGAGACCUUGCUGCUGGCAAAGUGCGGUCUUUCUCGAACCCGCAGUCUCCUACGAUGACCCCAAAACCGCAGUUGGGCUUUGAAAGAAAAAGACAAUCGUCGGGCCUGGCCCGGGAGACUCCAAAAGCAGAGGAAGAGACGCCGUUCCAGAGCCUUGCGGACGUGGAAGACAAGGAGGACAGUGGUUCGCAGUAUUCUGAACUGCGAUUCAGACAGCGCGCAGAGCAAAUGCAGACACCUGAACUUCAGCCAGCUAUAGAGUCGCAGAAAAAACAGUCUUCACCGGGCGGCCUGGCGAAGAUAUACUCCAAGUACGCCCAGCUGCCUGACUACGACCAGCUGAAUGAGACGCUGGCCAACCUGGACGUGAAAGAUGACACAAUCGAGGACCUCUAUCCUAACGAGGAGUCGGACGACGGGGAAGACGACGACGACGACGACUACGACAUCCAGAUCAUCAACCCAAGAACUAGAACCCCGGCGAUAGUCAAGUCGUCUCCGUCGCCAGGCCUCGAUACCACCCCGGUCACGAGACCGCACGCGCCAUACGGCCAGCCGAACCCACGGUACGGCAGCACGCCCUCGCUGGCAUCGUCGACAGACUCCGGCGAGCACUCCGACAGAAGAGUUCUUUCUCAGGAACGAGUCGUUUCGCCGUUUACGGCGUUCAACAAGUCGUACCAAGAAGCCAUCCGGCCCAACUUUGCUGGCCAGGCGCCUUCUGAGGAACAGAGCCCUGGAACUCUUGGAAUGCCGAGACAGAGACCAUCCCGACAAAGCCCAGACGGCGAGAGCUCUCACCUUCCUGCGGCAGAGCUGCAGAACCCGCCGCAAAGACCGCUCCAGCCAUACUACGAGCCACAAAGAUCCGGCUCGUCCGGCUCUGUCGAGUACAGGCCGGCGCAGCAGAAUCUUCACUUCCCGCGGGCUCCUCCAAACAACAUAGUCUCGCAGCAGGUGGCUUACGGCGGGUACCAGAACACUCAGCUGCAGUCUCCGUACAAUCCCCAAGGCCCUGCAGCCUACGACUACCAGUCUGCCCCUCGGCCUGCGCCGCCGACUGCCGGGUACGCGAACGGGUAUGCGAACGGCUACGCUGCUCCGCAGGCGCCAGAGGCCAACAUGUCGUCUCCGCGCCGCAGACCGCCGCCGCCGCUGAACCACUCGCAGCAGCACCGUCCGCAGUCGCCGCAAAUGCACCCACAGGGCUUCUAUCCGCAGCGGUACGCCAGACCGUACCCAGAGCCGCCAAGCCAGCCGCAGCAGAGCUUUGUUCCACCGCAGGCGCGCAGGGACAAGAACAACCCGUACGCGCUGGCGAAGAGCGCGCACGAGACCGCCGUCUCGUACCACAAGAACCCGUACUCCAGCUAA